AUGUCAUGCUGUAAAAUGAUUGUGUUUUGUGUCAUUACAGGUAAUAUAGAGCAGCACGUGCCAACUGAAACUUCCACAUCCCGGCCUGAAGUUGGAGAUAUUCUCACACGUCUGGAUAUGUGGCCUCUGAGAGCUGCCAUUUUUUUGCUCUGUUGUGCUGGUUGUUGGUGCUGUAAUCUGACCAAGGCGUAUGUCAAGUCCAAGAACUUCUUCAGUGUUCUCCAUUGGGAAGCUGUUGACAUCCCAGGUCAAACGGUUCUCUACAGUGUUCAGUACAACCUUUAUGGGACUUUAUAUCAUCCAGUGACGUGGUGCCAGAACAUCUCCGCUCCUGUUUGUGACCUGACUGAUGUGAUGAGUGAUGUGUCGUCCUCUGUGAGCCUUAAAUAUCAUGUCAGAAUCACUGUCGGUGGACUGUGCAUGGGUGACGUGAAGUUCUCUCCAUUCUGGCAAACCACAUUGGCAGCACCACAGCUGUCAGUAGCGUCAAACAAAACUCAUCUGAAUGUGACGGUUUCCCCGCCGAUGAUCCCUUGGAAUCGCUCUAUUGAGAAUGUCAUGUCCCGGGUAGGGGUCAAGUACACAGUUCAUCUGACACAUCCCAAGUCAGAGGAUGGAAAGGUAUUUGAGGACACGUCUCGCUCAGUGUUUAUAAGGCUUAUGGAAACAGACGUGCAGUACUGUGGUGAUGUGGUUUAUACACUCACACACCCCGCCAGGUCCAUUCACAGUGAAAGCGCCUCCUUUUGUGUGGAUGACUCGGCACCAAAUUCCAGGUUUCAUAUAUUAAUGUGGCCCGGUCUGCUGGUUCUGCUGCUGUUGAUCAUUCUACCCAUUACACUUUGCCAGAUGUCUAUAAAGAGAAAGCGUUCCUUACCCAAAGUGCUGAUGCUGUCAAAGAACACCAGUCGUCCAUUUUGUUCAAAUCCCCGGGACGACAUAUCUAAAGUGGAAGUGUGGUCUGGAUUUGUUGGGAACUGUGAUCCACAGCCUAUUUUUGCCCAGCAGAAGUCAGAGAUCGGGGUUAAUGUGCCUGCUUAUGCAUCCCAGGAGCCCUACAGAUGUCAACAGGACAUCCCGGUCCCCGACAGCAGAGAGUCUUCAGUGCAUUACAGCCUCUGUUUGCCCUUCCAGAGCUUCAACGGACCAUCAUCCGAUGGCAGAGCAGAUGAGACCAGCUCGGAUUCGAUUGGUGCGGAGCCCGUUUUGAGCAUUUCAGACACUGAACGCAGUAGCGAGACCCUGGUGGUACCAGUUAGGCCCGCUGAAAAUGGUGCGCUGCAGUUUCAUGGCUGCUUAUUUCAGUUUGACGCUGAUCUAAGUUCUCCAGAUGCGGAUCAGGAAACUGGAGAACAAGCGCCUUUACUAACUGACCUAGUUCAUAGGCGUAACUCAGACUAUCUGCCUGUACAUGUUUCUGACAUGGUGACGUCAAACUACAGGCAGAACUGGCUGCCGGGGAUUCCUCUGGAGGGAAAACAAGACCAGAGGACUUAUAUUCUGAGGACAGACCACCCGCAGGACGUAACUGAGCCCGAGGAGGACUUCAGGGAUGGAGAGGAACCUAGAGUUGGCGUGGUUAUUUUGGACAAGUGGACGGGAUUGUCUUUGUCUUGCAAUUAA